CUAUUGGGUUGGGGAUUAAUGGUGUGAGUUCGUUGAAUUGUGUGGUACUACUAUGCCUUAAAUCAGUGACCACAUAGCAUAUAGUGCUUCAUUACGCACCAUCACUGAUCAUUCUAUACAGUAGGAUUUCACUCUCGAUCAAAUGCGUGUUGCUGCGAUAAUAAGGAAGUUAAUGCCUCCGAUGUAGGAGUAAAUGACUCCUAUACUGCACCUUCUCGAAUUGGGCUCUCCGUCCAACUAGCGAAACUAAAAAAGUAAAUGACUCCAAUGUAGGAGUAAUUCAACGAGCUGAUUAAAACCAGACUCUCUAAAUAUCCUAAAUUGCAAAUAAAAUAUCCUAAAUCACUCAAACGAAGAUAAUUGUCAAAUCGAAAUUGCGAAUCAAUUUAACCGGUCCGAACGAUAAAAGAGGAGACCAAUCAAAACCGCCCAAAACUGUUUUGAGGAAAAAAGCAAGAAAUGGUCAGAGGGGGAGAAAAAUAGCGAAAAGGAAAAGGAGUCACUGAGUCAGAGCAAGUCCAAAAGGCGAAAAGAAAAGAGAAAAAACACAGAAGAAGUGAAGAAAGCUACAACUACAAUUCCCUGCCAGCGGCCCUGAAACCUCCAUUACAGAAACCAAAGGGAAACAAACGAACGAGAGAGAGAAGAGAGAAAAAGGAAAAGAAGCCAAAACUGCUAUAAAUAGUUGAUGAUGGGAGGAAGGCGAUGGCCACGCCAGAAAAACCCAACCAUUAACCCCAAAGGAAACGCCAUUAUAUAUAUUUUAGCAACAAUUAGCAGCUAGCACCACACCCACCCACACUCCAUACCUGUCCCAAAAUAAAGCUUCUUCUUCUCCCUCCCUCCUUUCAUCCCCUUCCCUUAAACAAACAUUUGUUUCUAUUGUUAGCAUCCCUCUUGUGAUAAUAAUUACACAACGGGUAGCCAAAGAUUUCAUUGUCCCCAGCUGAAUAUCCUCCCAAUCUCCUCCCCUAGCUGGAUUCUCUUCUGGGUUCUCCUCAUUUUGCCAUUUCUGGAGAUCCCAUCCAGUUUUUCUGAGGUUCUGGGUGGGGGGAAGAAAAGGGUCUUGUUCUGUUUUCCCUUUUCUGUUGAGGGGAUUUCACAGCUGAAGUUUGACAUUUUGGGUUGUGGAGAACGGGGAAGAAGGUGAAAUGGAGAACAAAAGGGCGCUUCUUUCUGCUUUGAGCGUGGGAGUUGGGGUUGGAGUUGGGCUUGGGAUAGCAUCUGGGCAAAGCAUUAGCAGAUGGACUGUGGGGAAUGGCUCUUCAGAUGGUGUCUCACCUGAACAAAUUGAGCACGAGUUGAUGAGGCAGCUCAUUGAUGGCAGAGAUAGCAAGAUCACCUUUGAAGAUUUCCCCUAUUUUCUAAGUGAAAGGACAAGGAUUUUGUUGACAAGUGCUGCAUAUGUGCAUCUGAAGGACUUUGAUUUCUCAAAGCAUACUCGAAACCUUUCACCUGCCAGCAGGACUAUCUUGCUCUCUGGACCUUUUGAAUUGUAUCAGCAAAUGCUUGCUAGAGCUUUAGCACAUCAUUUUGACUCAAAGCUUCUGUUGUUGGAUGCUACUGACUUUUCUGUUAAGUUACUAAACAAAUAUGGUUGCACCAAAAAAGAACCGUCGCUAAAGAAGUCUUUAUCAGAGCUUGCCUUGGAAGGAAUGUCUGGUUUGCUUGGUUCUUUUGCCAUGCUUCCUCCAAGAGAGUUCAAACAAGGGCCAUUACGUCGACAAGCAAGUUCUUCGGAUGUGAAAUCAUCGAGGUGCAUGGAUGGUAGCAAUCCCCCGAAGCUCCGCAGGAAUUCAUCCAUUUCAUCUGAUAUAAGUAGCGUUUCUUCCCAACCUGCAAGUAAUCAAGCUUCUCUCAGAAGGACGAAUGGCUGGUGCUUUGAUGAGAAACUCUUCCUGCAAUCACUUUACAAGGUGUUGGUCACAGUAUCAGAAAGAAGUCCCUUAAUCCUAUAUGUUAGAGAUGUGGAGAAGCUCCUUCUUCAAUCACAAAGAAUGUUCGUCUUGUUCGACAAAAUGCUGAAGAAAAUCUCGGGUUCAGUCCUGAUCCUGGGCUCCCGAACACUGGACCAAGAAGACAGUGCGGAAAUUGACGAGAGACUUAUGACACUGUUCCAAUACUGCAUCGACAUUAAACCGCCAGAAGAUGAAGCCAAUCUUGUCAACUGGAAAGCACAGCUGGAAGAAGACAUGAAGUUGCUUCAGAUACAAGACAACAGAAACCACAUUGCUGAGGUGCUUGCAGCAAAUGACAUCGAAUGCGAUGAUCUGGGCUCAAUUUGCCAUGCUGACACUGUGGUGCUGAGCAAUUACAUACAAGAGAUAGUUGUAUCAGCUAUAUCAUAUCAUCUGAUGAACGAUAAGGACCCAGAGUAUCGUAAUGGGAGGCUUGUUAUUUCAGCAAAGAGCUUGUCUCAGGGUUUGAACAUAUUCCAGGAAGGGAAAAUUGGUGGGAAAGAUAUUUUAAAGAUGGAGACAAAUGCUGAGGGUGGCAAGAAUGGAGAAGUUGGUGCAAAGACCGAGUCUAAAACUGAAACCAGUGCAGCUGAAAACAAGAAUGAAGCUGAGAAAUCUGCUGCUGCUACAGUGAAGAAAGAUGCAGAGAAUCCACCUCCGCAAAAAGCACCUGAAGUUCCGGACAAUGAGUUUGAAAAACGGAUUAGGCCAGAGGUGAUCCCUGCAAAUGAGAUAGGGGUGACAUUUGCAGACAUUGGUGCACUAGAGGAAAUCAAAGAAUCUCUUCAGGAGUUGGUCAUGCUCCCUCUCAGAAGGCCUGAUCUCUUCAAUGGAGGCCUCCUCAAGCCCUGCAGAGGCAUAUUGCUGUUUGGUCCUCCAGGGACUGGGAAGACAAUGCUGGCAAAGGCCAUUGCAAAUGAAGCUGGAGCAAGUUUCAUCAAUGUUUCGAUGUCUACCAUAACUUCAAAGUGGUUCGGUGAAGAUGAGAAGAAUGUACGAGCUCUGUUCACUCUGGCAGCCAAGGUGUCUCCUACUAUCAUAUUUGUGGAUGAGGUUGACAGCAUGCUCGGGCAGAGGACUAGAGUCGGAGAGCAUGAGGCGAUGAGGAAGAUCAAGAAUGAAUUCAUGUCACAUUGGGAUGGGCUAUUGACAAAGACUGGUGAACGCAUUCUGGUCCUUGCUGCUACAAAUCGACCCUUUGAUCUUGAUGAAGCGAUCAUCAGGAGGUUCGAGCGCAGAAUCAUGGUUGGUCUACCAAGUGUCGAGAACAGAGAAAUGAUCUUGAAAACUCUACUGUCGAAAGAAAAGACUGAAGAUUUGGACUUCAAGGAGCUUGCAAUAAUGACGGAAGGGUUUAGUGGAAGUGAUCUCAAGAACUUGUGUGUCACAGCUGCUUAUCGACCAGUCAGAGAACUAAUACAGAAGGAGAGAUUGAAGGAAAAGGAGAGAAAGAAGAAAGCAGCAGAGGAAGCAACAACAAGCUCUGAAAAUGGUUCUGAAUCUGAUGCAGCAAAGGAAGAAGAUAAAGAGGAACGAGUAAUCACGCUUAGAGCCUUGGACAUGGAAGACCUGAGGCAGGCAAAGAACCAGGUUGCCGCAAGUUUUGCCUCUGAGGGAUCGGUGAUGAACGAGCUAAAACAAUGGAACGAAUUAUACGGAGAAGGAGGUUCGAGGAAGAAGCAACAGCUUUCAUACUUCCUCUAAAGUCAUUGUAGAAAACCCCACCAAGUCCAUAUAUAUAUUAUAUAUUAAACAACUCUAGGUUUCUUUCUGGGGAAAAAAGAUGGUCUGACUGAAAAUGUGAUUAUUUCUUGAGGAAGACGCCAACAUUCCAAAGUACCCACACUUCUAGCACUGCUUCUGAAUGAAUCAUUGUGCAAUCAGGGACAAGAAGCGACGGCGAGUCAGAAUCUCUCAGCGAGCUAUCUAGCACAGGCAACUGUGUGCAUAAUCUUCGUACAUCCAAAUGAUUGCUGGUUACUUGGAGAAGGGGAGAGGGUUAUCGGUGCUGUAAAGAAGAGAAACCACCACCACCGCCAUUGCCAAGGCUUCUACUAAGUAGAGUGUAGUUAUAUGUGUUUGUGUGUGGCAGUUAAGAAAAUCCAGAGCUUAGUUUGCAUUUUUUUUUUUUUGGGAAAGCUGCAAUGAAAAUGCAGAAACACCUUGUUCAUAAUGUAUGUAUCAUUCUAUAGUGUUUUCUAAGUAUUCAGUUUGUUUGAUUUAUAAAUAGAAUGAGCUUUU